AUGUGUCACUAUCAAUUUGAGCCUCCCGCUGACUUUGGGGAAAACGAGCAAAGCCCCAAAUCACCUCCCCUGCGGCACACGGGCUGGAUGUGGAGAAUGUUCCCAGCGGGGAGGGGAGCCCGGUUUCGGUUUCUCUCUCUCAGCUGCUUCUCUGUUAUGCUCAGUCGACACAAGCGCCACAAGAACUGCAAGAAGUGGAGCAGGCCAGCGCCUCAGGACUGCAGGAGACCCCAACUGUCCCAUUACAAGGCAACUUACACCCAGCCACCAAACGUGCAUCCUCGAAGCAGCAAGAGGCCGCUCCGCACCCCUCCACACCCCAACCCCCCGGCCAUGGCCUUCGGCACCACGCAGCGGGCAGAGUUCAUCCCCUGGGAGCUGGGCCAGAGGACCAAGCCGCAUGUCCGGGAGGCGUAUCAGUGCCCACAGGAGCCCUUCCAAAGCCAGAGUCUGUACCGCCUCCACUUCCCGCCCAGGGAGCCAGUUGUGACCACCCUCCGGCGGCCCCCGACUCCCAGGCAGCCCAAGGGCUCUGGCUUCCCCCACACCACCACCACCCAGGAGAGCUACAAAGGAUGGCGAGCGGAACGCCCAGCCUGCUAUGGAGAGCCGCCAACCCUGGCAGGCGCUCUCCUGUCCCCUGACCAGGCAGCCGAGAUGGAAAGCACCACACAGCGAGAGUUCACUGAGAAACGCAUCCCCAAACCAGAGCUCGUCAAAGGCGUCCAGGUUCAGCUCACCAUUGAAGGUGAUCAUGACAUGACGACAACCCACCAGAGCACCUACCAGUCUGUGCCCUUGGAGAAGCGGGUAGCCCAGUCACAUGGUAAAGGAAUAGUUCCAGCAGGGAAACGAGCACAGGUGGAAUACGUGACCAAGUACCAGAGUGAUUUCCCAGCAUGCAGCUUGUUACCUGCACGGAUUCAGCCUGCUCAGCCUCCUCUGGACAACCUGGCAAUCAACCAGGGCUUCAGCACAGAUUUUCAGACGGUACAGAGAGAAAGCUACCACGGCUGGGACACCCGCAGAUACCCUCGUGCCAGCCCCAUCAAGCUGCAAGAGGAGCUGGCCGACUUGGGGAAAGAGAGAGAUGGAAAAGUCAGUGGAGACACAGUGACCAAGCUCUCUUACCCCCCUCUGCCCUUGGACAGGCCUCCGGGGACUAUCCAGUGGCCUCCCACAGUGCUGAAAUCCCUCUCUGCAAAGUUUGACGAUUCCACAGCCCACAAGUUCUUCUUCAGAGAGUGGGGAGUCCAGCCCCGAAUCCGGCACGGUGACCCCCACGAUGGAGUCUACAUCCGACCUCUGGCCAAGUUUGAAAGCCAAACUACCACACACAGCACAUUCCUGCCCCAGAGAGUGGAGGUGGUGAGGAACUGCAAACCAGAGCAGAAACCCAUCCGAGCACAGGGAAAGCAGGAUUUCUCCACCAUCCACAGGGAGUCUUACAGGCCAAUCCCACUCCCAGUCUGUCGUUUGCAAAUGUACUUGAUCCAACAGCAGCAGCAGGGAAGAGAGACAAUUAAUUCUCUUGUGCCCGUUAAAGCCUGAUAUGCAGGGUGGAUCCAGGUCCCUCAGCCAAAUCAACUCUGUCCCCAAGAUGCUAAUGGGCAAACAAUUACUAACUAGACAAUCUGAUAAACUGUUUGGUUUUUGUGCAUCUUAGCAACAUUAAAAUGGCAUCAUCUAAAAUCUUGGAAACUUAAGUAUACGUACACUGCAGAGGUGUGAUUGCAGCUUGCACAGAAGUACUCACGCUAACUUUGAUCUAGUUAGCAUGGCUAAAAAUAAAGAUGCAGCAGCACAGAACAGGUACACAAGUACCUACCAAGGGUUCUCAGCAGGCUUGUACAGCCUGCAUGUCUUCACUGCCUUUUAGCCAGGUUAGCGAAAUUAAAGCUAGCGUGUGUAAACAAUCACACCUUGGAUCACAGUGCUGACACACCCUUAGAAUAGCUGCCAUUAAUUUGGGUGUUCAUGGAUGUGGUAUUUUUCUUAAGAUACAUUUGUAUUGCUGUAAGAGCUGUUGAAAUUAUAGAAUAAUUGUACCUAAUUUCAUUGUAUUUUCUGCUUAAGGAUUCUGUAGGAAUCCCACUGUUAAU